UAUAUCGUGCUUGACCUUUUCUUUCUCCCCUGCGUAAGGUUUGCGCUGUCGGCGUUAAUCAGAGAAGAGAUAGGGGAUUAAAACCAAGUUAUUCUCGGUUUAUACAGCAUUCGGAAAUAUUAUGUAGUAUUAAUAUUUCUACAUCGUCUGUGACUUGGAUAAUUGCCCAGUUCUGCCAGAAAAUUAUAACAGAAAUUGUGGCACGGAAAGGUAUAUUGUCAAUGUCUUACGUAAAGAAUAGGAAAUGACAGGAGAUAAUGAAGGAUGCCUGAACAGGGCGUCAAAAAUCAAGUGUCAGAUGAAAGAAGUCUCUUCAAAAGUGUUAAAUGCCACCUUUUUUCCAAGCCUUGUGUAGGAAAUUGAGGUGGUCCUACAAGGGAUUGAUUAAGUGUUACGCGAGUAUGACCUACAGCUAUCAUCCCAGUGGUCUAUAGUGUCUUGCCACCCAUAAUUUGUUUCACGCACCAAUUUCGCCGCUGUUUUGAAAUGUUGGAGCUCAUAUAAUAGCUCAUCAACUUGCAUGCCGGCUUUGGGAGUCCACUGGACACGUGUUAAAUCAAAGUGAGAUACCAAUGGUAUUACUCAGUCUUUUAACAUAUCCCAUCGCGUGACUCGGCGUGAAAACAACUCGCCGUCAGAACGAGUUUAUUACAUUGGAAGUACAAGGUUUAAACAGUUUUCAAUGCUAUCGAGAACUUUGAAGCACAACUUUUAAUUUUAUCAAUGCAGUAUGAUCUCAGAUGACAUUUUCCAGACUAGGGCGGCGCACACAAAAGGACAAGACGAUAAUUACGUCUUCGAAGAGACGUAGAUAUUUUAAAUGUUGAACCUCACCGAAUAAUCGCGUGGACAUCACAACUAUAGUGUAUUUUUGUCACGCCGCGAAUUGUGCUAAAGACCCUGGUGACAAUGGACCAUACGCGAGUGCCAUUUGUUCUGCUAUUUCUUAGUGUGCUUAUUUCCAUCAUGGUGAACAGCAAAAUUUCAGCCGAGAGUGCGAAUACACGAUGCGUUUUGAGGCAAAACAAGACUUGUUAUCAGUAUUCUAUCGCAAGAAGGCGAAAUUUGACCUGUUCUGUAAGUGGUGAUAAAUUCAGGAACUGCCAUCAGAUGGGUAACGCAGGAGCCUUCAAUCUUACAUGUUCUUCCCCAGGCGAAUGCAAGCAGCAAUGUGUGGCUGGCUACUGCCAGUCCCUUCAGUGCAACGCCAGGAAAUGCAACCAAUAUUGCAUCCGUGGACGGUGCAAUAUGGAGUGCAAUUCCGAAGAAUGCAUUCAAGAAUGUGAUAUAGGUGGAUGCGAGAUGAAAUGUCCAAGUGGUGUCAAGCGUUGUAUUCAGAAAUGCGGUCGAGGAAAUUGUAAAAUGCAUUGUCCAGCAGGAGUGCAAUACUGUAAGCAGUCGUGUGACACGGGGAGAUGUUUAAUGCUAUGUCAAGGAAAAGAAUGUUCCCGCUCCUGUCGCUACAGCAAAUGCCUCUAUAACAGUGAGCCCGAAAAUGUGGUUGCGAUGGCCGUGGUUUCAAGCUGCAAUAGAGCGUUUCUUCGAAGACAUAGCAUUUGUUACCAGCAUUGCCCAUCUGGGAACUGCAAUAUGAUGAACGUUACCAAUGUUGCCAUGCAUAGCCAAGCAUGCUAUGGAGGCAACUGCAAUAUGAGGUGCAACGCAAACAAAAAAUGUAGUCAGGUCUGCGUCGGACGGCAUUGUCAACUCGUUACUUGCACUUCAGAAAUUUGUAUCCAAGAAUGCAUCGCAGGAGGAUGUAACAUGGAGUGCUAUUCAAAAGUUUGUACCCAAAUUUGCAGAGAAGGAAAUUGUAGGAUGGCUUGCUUAUCGUCGAACUCCAAAAUAUGUUACCAGACCUGUGCUGGUGGAGGCUGUGUCACAUCGUGUGAGGGUGAGAAUUGCAGCCCAAGGUGUUUCGGUGGACAUUGUAAACACUCUCUCCAGUAUGAGCCUCCUGGACUGAUAACAAAUACUGCCUGCGACGAAAUCAAAGACAAUACUUGUGUUCAAGAGUGUGGCUCAAGUGUAGGCUGUUCCCUUGAAAACAGACCCUCUAGCCCGUUGAGGGUCUCCAAUCAGACAUGCGGUGAUGGCUUUUGUGUGCUAAACUGCACGGGAUCAGAAGUAUGCAAUCAGGUUUGCACUGGCCAAAAGUGCUACACGAUGUCUUGCCAUUCCGGUGAGUGUACGCAGAUUUGCGAAGGGAACGACUGUGGCUUGUUGGAAUGCUAUGCAGAUACGUGUACACAAAAGUGUUUUGGCUUGGGAUGUCAUUUGAAAUGCCAUCCCUCGGUCCAGGUAUGCCAUCAGAUUUGCGUGGCUGAAAAAGAGAGAUGUGCGCUCGAGUGCUGGGCGAAGCAAUGUACCACAACAAUGGUGUGACCUCGAAAUUCAAAACGAAGAGCUUAAAGGCAUUGCUGCAAACACAAAUUUUGAAAUUACGGCAAAAAGUUUAGUGACAGGAAGCAACGCCAUUUUAUCACUUUUGAAAUAAUGCAGAUUCAUUCUGCUCUGUUGCUCAGGAUGAUGUUACUAAGAUAUGAUCGACUGUAAAACUGACCGUCAGGCCUUACUGCCAAAGGGACCAAAUGAGUAUUUAAUUGUUGAGGAAUCUCUUGUCAACUUUUACGAGAAUUUUUUUUUGUUUAAACAUUGCUUUAUUUUGAAACUUAGAUUUGAAAAGCAUUUAACUUAAAGGAGAUCCAAAUCUAUCUUUGAAUAGCAGCACUCAGAAGUAAGGCUGGGCUUUCAAUUUCUCUCUUUUGAGUACUUUUGUGAAGUAUUUUAUUUUUCUUCUAAAGAACAGGUAGAUUGAGCCUGUUUAAAACGCGUAAAACGUUCUUCGCUAUUUUAUUGUGUUACAUGUGUAGUGAAGCCAUCACUGUAUUAUAAAUAUGGGCUAAAAAUAGCAGGAUGAUGUUAUGUAAUGGUGGUUCAAGCUAGUUGUCUUUGAGAAGUACAACAUUCAGAAAUGCAAUGUAUAAACUUUUGUUCACAGCA